AUGGAAGCCUCUCUCAAAUUCCAUUCUCUUCUUUCCUUCACUUUGAUUCUUGCAUUCUCAAUUCUAUGUGAAUCUGCUUCUGAUUAUGGCUUCACCACGGAGCUGAUCCACCGCGACUCGCCGAGGUCCCCCUACUACAACCCGGCCGACACCCCGUAUCGACAAGUGGCCAAUGCCAUUCGCCGGUCCAUUUCCCGUGCCCACCGUCUCAGCCUAAACUCCGGUGGCGCCACCCUGGACACCCCCUCCGCGGUGAUUACCUCCGCCAAGGGGGAGUACGUUAUGAAGGUGUCGCUCGGGACCCCGCCCGUCGACUUUCUGGGGUACGCCGACACGGGAAGCGACCUCAUAUGGACGCAGUGCAAGCCGUGCACGGAUUGCUUCGAGCAAGCGAGCCCCCUCUUUGACCCGAGCAAGUCCUCGACGUACAAGGAGGUCUCGUGCCAAACGUCACAGUGUGAAGUGAUCGACCAAACCUCCUGCGGCGGGGGAGCGAGCCUUUGCGAGUACUCUUACUCUUACAAUGAUCAAUCAUACACUCAGGGAAACCUAGCCACAGAGACCAUCACCUUGGGGUCCACCUCCGGCCGGCCAGUGAGCUUCCCGGAGCUGGUCUUCGGGUGUGGUCACAACAACAACUUGACCUUCAAUAAUCAAGUGGACGGAAUUGUCGGGCUCGGGGGUGGCGACGCCUCCCUCGUAACCCAGCUGGGCACUGCCACCGGCGGGAAAUUCUCCUAUUGCUUGGUGCCCCUUUUCUCGAAUGAAACUAGCAAGUUGAACUUCGGGGCCAAUGCCGGGAUUGAAGAUGCCCUGGCCAAGGCCGUUAACUUGCCCAAGGCGAGCGACCCGUCUCAGGUCCUCAGCCUUUGUUUCCAGGUCGGGUCAGAUGCCCAGCCCAGCAUUCCGACCGUGACCUUCCAUUUCAAGGGCGCAGACGUGGAGCUGAACUCCGGGAACACCUUCGUUCAAGUCGCCGACGGCAUCAUAUGCCUCUCGUUCAGACCGGCCGAGAUGUCAAUUUUCGGCAACUUGGCGCAGAUAAACUACUUGAUCGGAUACGACAUUCAGAACGCGAAGUUGUCCUUCAAGCCUGUUGAUUGCACCUCGAACUGA